AUGCCGACGAUCCCGGACAAGUGCACGGCGCCCUUCCUGGCCUCGGAGGAGGAUGCCAAGCCAUACUCCAUCACCUUCCAUUGGCACGUCCCUCAUGAUGGCGGCUCUGACAUUCAGUUCUACACCUUGAUUUGGGCCACGAACAUGCGCUUUCAGGGCUUCAAGGCGAGGCGUGAGUCAACGGAUACGAGCUACACAUUGGACAACGUCGAGCCCAACUUGUUCCUUGGCCGCGACGAACGAUGUCGGCCAGGGCAAGUUCUCGGACUGCAUCCCACAUCUGGGACAAGGGGUGGUGGCCACGAUCCCUCGCGCGCCUUCCGCGCCGCGCGAGUUGAAGGGCGAGCCACACCCGAAAGCCGUCGGGGCUGUCUUGCUGAAGUGGCUGAAGCCCACAGAAGAUGGAGGUUGCAUGAUUGGAAGGUAUCGGAUUUGCUACUCGCUGCAUGA